GAAGAGUGCCUUUUCUAGCUGCUGUUAGUGAUAGGCACGCCUGGCAGGCAUCUCACCAUCAUUCCCUCCACCCCCCACAUACUUUCCUCCCCUUCUUUCCCUCUCUCUCACUCGCUCACUCACAUAUAAGAAAACAUAAUUCUCACUGAAUCAAAAUUUUCCGUUUUUUCCUCCCUUCUUCAGAACCCACCUUUUUAAUUUAUUAUUAUUAUUAUUAUUAUUAUUAUUAUUUUGGAAACAAUUUUUAAAAUUAGAUAGUUUCGUGAUUAUAUUGAAUCCAGUUGAGUUUUGGUUCCCAAUCAAUUUCAUCGAGAAAGUCUUGUUUCAGGUAAAAGUUGAAUAUAGGCAACUUUGAAGAAGUCGGCAAACAGUAUGUCUGUCUCAAUGAGAGAUUUGGAUCCAGCUUUCCAUGGGGCCGGACAGAAGGCUGGCAUUGAGAUAUGGCGAAUUGAAAAUUUCAAACCAGUCCCAGUCCCAAAGUCUUCACAUGGCAAAUUUUUUACAGGCGAUUCCUAUGUGAUGCUCAAGACCACUGCCCUGCAAAAUGGUGCCCUGCAUCAUGAUAUUCAUUAUUGGCUUGGAAAAGAUACUACCCAGGAUGAAGCUGGCACUGCAGCCAUCAAGACUAUUGAAUUAGAUGCAGCUCUUGGGGGUCGAGCUGUUCAAUACCGUGAAGUACAAGGGCAUGAAACAGAGAAGUUCCUUUCCUAUUUUAAGCCAUGUAUAAUACCUCAAGAAGGAGGAGUUGCUUCAGGCUUUGAACAUGUGGAGGCCGAAGAGCAUAAAACCCGCUUGUAUGUAUGCAAAGGAAAGCAUGUCGUUCAUGUGAAAGAGGUGCCUUUUGCUCGAUCUUCACUCAAUCAUGAUGACAUCUUUAUUCUCGAUACCAAGUCUAAGAUUUUUCAGUUCAACGGCUCCAGCUCAUGUAUACAAGAGAGAGCUAAAGCACUCGAAGUUGUCCAGUACAUUAAAGAUACAUAUCAUGAUGGAAAAUGUGAAGUAGCAGCCAUUGAGGAUGGAAAAUUGAUGGCUGAUGCUGACACUGGUGAGUUUUGGGGAAUGUUUGGUGGUUUUGCUCCACUUCCAAGGAAAACAACUGAUGAGCCUAGGAGCACUGAUGAUGUUCCUACGAAGCUUUUCUGUGUUGAGAAGGGACAGGUAGAAACAAUUGAAGCUGAAUCUUUGACAAGGGAGUUGCUAGACACAAAUAGAUGCUAUGUGCUUGACUGCGGGACAAAAGUCUUUGUUUGGAUGGGGAGAAAUACUUCUCUCGAGGAAAGGAGAGCUGCCAGUGUCAGCGUUGAUGAAUUACUACACAGCCUUGAUAAACUCAAAUGUCAUGUAAUCCGAGUAAUUGAGGGGUUUGAGACAGUGAUGUUCCGAUCAAAGUUCGACAAUUGGCCACAGUCAACAAAUGUGACAGUAUCGGAGGAUGGUAGAGGAAAGGUUUCUGCACUUCUAAAGCGGCAAGGGGUUAAUGUGAAGGGUCUUCUGAAAGCAGAAUCUCCCAAGGAGGAACCUCAGCCACAUAUAGAUUGCACAGGCAAUUUACAGGUUUGGAGAGUGAAUGGCCAAACGAAGACUCUUCUCUCAGCUUUGGAUCAGUCAAAGUUGUAUAGUGGAGAUUGUUAUAUAUUUCACUAUUCUUAUCCCGGAGAAGAAAGAGAGGAACAUUUAAUUGGGACAUGGUUUGGAAAGCAAAGUAUUGAGGAAGACAGAAUCUCGGCAACUUCAGAGGCAAACGAGAUGGUUGGGUCACUGAAAUUCUUACCUGCUCAGGCUCGCAUAUAUGAAGGAAAUGAACCGAUCCAGUUCUUUGCCAUCUUUCAGAGCCUUAUUGUCCUUAAGGGUGGCCUUAGUAAAGGAUACAAGAAUUACAUAGCAGAGAAAGAACUUCUAGAUGACACGUACACAGAGGAUGGGCUUGCAUUAUUUCGAGUACAGGGUACUGGACCUGAUAAUAUGCAAGCAAUUCAAGUCGAACCUGUGGCGACGUCUUUGAAUUCCUCUUACUGUUACAUAUUACAUAAUGACUCCUCUGUUUUCACCUGGUAUGGAAACCUUACAACACCUGAAGACCAGGAACUUGUUGAGAGGCAGCUGGAUCUUAUAAAGCCAAAUAUGCAAUCCAGACUACAAAAAGAAGGUGCAGAAUCCGAGCAGUUCUGGGAUUUGUUAGGCGGAAAAUCAGAGUACCCAAGCCAGAAAAUUUCAAGAGAUGCUGAAACUGAUCCUCAUCUAUUCUCUUGCACCUUCUUGAAGGGAGACUUGAAGGUGACAGAGAUAUAUAAUUUCAACCAGGAUGAUCUAAUGACUGAAGAUAUAUUCAUUCUGGACUGCCAUUCAAAUAUUUAUGUAUGGGUUGGACAACAGGUUGAAUCCAAGGAUAAGAUGAAUGCUUCAAGUAUUGGAGAAAAAUUCCUGGAGCGCGAUUUCCUUCUUGAAAAAUUAUCUCUUCAAGCUCCAAUAUAUAUUGUUAUGGAGGGGAGUGAGCCAACCUUUUUUACUCGGUUUUUCUCUUGGGACUCCACAAAAUCUGCUAUGCAUGGGAACUCCUUCCAAAGAAAACUUACUAUUGUUAAACAUGGGGGAAUAUCGAUGGUGGAUAAACCCAAAAGGAGAACUCCUGUAUCAUAUGGUGGAAGGUCAGCUGUACCAGAAAAAUCACAGCGUUCUAGAAGCAUGUCUUUUAGCCCCGAAAGAGUUCGUGUGAGGGGCAGAUCCCCAGCAUUCAAUGCUCUAGCGUCGACCUUUGAGAAUUCCAAUGCAAGGAACCUGUCGACUCCUCCUCCGAUGAUAAGAAAGCUUUAUCCGAAAUCUGUGACCCCUGAUUCAGUUAAUUCGGCUUCUAGAUCUGCAGCUAUAGCAGCAUUAAGUUCAACUUUUGAAAAGAAGACGCUGGCUCGGGACGUCAAUCUUCCACGUUCUCCUAAAGUGAGCCCUAAGGUUUCGAAACCAAACUCUGAAACCAACUUAGGGGGAAACUCAGAAGAAUCACCCAAACCUAAGCCAGAGACUAUACAGGAGGACGUCAAGGAGGGUGAUGCUGAGGAUGAGGAAGGCCUCCCGAUAUACCCAUAUGAACGGAUAAUAACAUUGUCAACAGAUCCUGUCACCGAAAUUGAUGUGACCAAGCGAGAGACUUAUUUGUCCUCAGAAGAGUUCAAGGAGAAAUUCGGAAUGACUAAGGCUGCUUUCUACAAGUUGCCCAAAUGGAAGCAGAAUAAGCUUAAAAUGUCACUUAAACUGUUCUGAGUGCAUUUAGGACAUCUAAUUAUUUCUCAAGUUCCUCCAGACGGAUUACAGAUAAGAGAGAGCAUGCUCAAACAUUUACUCAGUCUUACACAGCAAAGAAACCAGUUUCUCAAGCUGUAAGGGAUGGCAUCAGUGCAUUUUUAGCUGCUUCUGCUCGAGAUUCUUCAUUCCAUACUUGGUGAACAAAAUUGGAGAUAAAUUUACUUCAUUUUUUUUUUUUUGGGUGAGUUUGUGAGUUAGUUGCUUAAUAUUCUUUUUGGUUGGAGGUUUGCUGAGGCCUUGCAUUUUUUUGUUUUAGUAUUGUGCUUCAUUUAUUUUUUCGUUAGCAGAGUUGCAACUGCAGAAUUUUCAGGUUUGUCGAGUUCAGUGAGGAUGGAAAGUCUGUAUAGGAAUGUAAAAUCCUUCUAGCGAAUAAAAGUGUCAUUUGUUUUUU